AUGCUUUCCGUUUGUGUUAAUCGAGUCCACAGUGUAACCGGAUGUAUCACAUUUGUUAAUGGAGAUGAUUACAAUGAGAAAGCUAGUAUCUGUGAGAGGCUCGAUACACAUUUCACUCGAAUUCCUCCAACUCUUCCUAAAGAAGUCGUUCGACUAACUAUAAAUCAUCAGGAAAUUGCAGUCCUUGAUCGAAGUCAGCUGGAUCACUUGCCAAAUCUUACAUACCUCAACCUGGAUUCCAAUAUGCUUUCAGUCAUUAAGCGGGAUGCUUUUCUACCAGUUCCUAAUCUCCGAGAACUCAGUCUACGGUUUAAUCAACUCACACUUUCAGUGGAAUCAUUUCAUCCAAAUGCCCUCACUCCUAUUAACACUCUGGAAGUUCUUAAUCUGAAACGUAACCCAAUUGGCAGAGUGCCAGCACAUUUCUUUUACCCCAUAAGGGGUAAGCUCAAAUCCCUGGUUUUAGCUGGAGCCAGUCCCGAAUUUCAUAUUUCUACUGAAGCCUUGGAAGGAUUAUUCAAGCUCGAGUUACUAGAUCUUUCAUAUAAUAACCUCGAAACUCUCCAUAGCUCGUUCAAUGGUUUAUUUACAACCAUGCAGUUGAAACAACUAUUUCUAUUUGGAAAUCCAUGGAAAUGCGACUGCUCACUACGAUGGUUGCGAGACUGGGUCGAUCGCCACAACACUACUCAAUAUUUCAUCGACCCGAGAGCCGUUGAUCCAACAGGGUUUGUGAUUGAUCCUCUCCUGCAAAUGGAACCAGGAUCACUUGAGAAUACUGCCUUUCCCAAGUGUGCAUCUCCUCCAAGAUUGGCAGGAUAUGCACUAUUCCCCAUCUCAAAUGUACAAACCAAUCCUGUUUCCCCUUUCGAUAUGGCCUGUCCACCUAAAUCUAAAAAAUCUUCAACAGUGGUUUUAGGAAAAUUAGGCGAAAAUAUCACCUUGAUUUGUGAGUUUGAAGCCUCUUCAGUUGAUGAGGUUUUGUGGUACCACAAUGGGCAUCCAAUUAUAUCUACUUCUCGGGUUAGAGUGCGCCAAUUAUUCCAUGGACACGUUGCAGUGGAAUUGUUCAUGCCUGAAAUUCAAGAGUCCAAUGCUGGAACCUACGUCUGCUUAUUGAAAAAUGACUUCGGAAAAGCGAACAUGACCGUAACGCUAACUCUCACAGAUUUAAAGUGGGGGACUGGAGGUCCAAGGGAACCCGGUUGGCUUGAUCAGUUCAAUUCCAAUGCAAUUCUAAAGUAUUCUAGUAUUGCAUCAAUUGUUUUGGUCCUCAUUUUCAUUAUAAUUGGUGUUAUUCUUUACUGUUUGUGUCGAAAGACCACCAAAAAUGUAGCCAAGGCUUUGAAUAACUCAACCCACCCGAAAACCACAUUUACAGAGCUUUCUCCAUUGAAUGGUGUGCAGACUUUCACCGUCGACGAAACUAUGAAUUACCGGCGCGCUCAACCCCCACGAUAUUCUCCGUCUCGAGAAAUGUCCUUUAGCCAACAGCAUCACCCAUAUAUUCUCUCAUUUCAAGACAGUCAUCCCCUCUACUCAAUGGCUGAACAUGGUACCAUGGAAUUAUCUCCUGGCUGCCCCGUUCAUGGUCUUUCCAAAUCCUCUACAACAUUUUUACCCAAGGAAAAUUCGUUUGAUUCUUCCAGUCCGCAGUUCGAUACCCUUGAUAAGACUGGUUUAAACACUUAUGAGACAGCUUUGAGUGUUCCGGAAGUCAUAAUGCCUCCAGCUUCCUCAUCUUCUGUUAUUUCAGUUGACGACCCUCCUGUGACUAAUCCGGACUAUGUUCUAUGUCCAAGACAUGGAAACGUCGUAACCACUCUUGGAACACCUAGCAUGUCAGAAGGGAUCCGAAAGGAUUCACAAAUUAGUCCAGUUGUUCGAAGUACAAGAACGAUCAGGUUGAACCAUCCCUUCCCUCCCCCUCUUAAAAACUCAGGACAUAGCACGCUCAAAACGAAACACGUGGAAUUUGCUGACACACCUACAGUUACCUCAACAACGGCGACAGCUUCAAAGAUAGAGACCGUUGAAGAUAAUGGCGCUGUUUUGAUUUCUGCCAAUGGAGAUAAGUCUUCUGGGUUUAUAACUACAGUAUAG